AUCAGAGGGCCAUUUUGCAAUUUAUGAAAAUUACUUGAGAGGAGUACCUGGCAGUUUAGCGUGAAAGAGUUAGUGAAGUUGAACGGAAAUGGUGCGAGGAAGUAAAGAGGUUCUGCAAAAAGCAGCCAAAACCCUAUCCGACAUCCUCGUUUGCCCUCUUUCUAAGCAACCUUUGAGGUAUUGUGAGGAAUCAAAUUCCCUGAUCAGUGAUGCUAUUGGCGUUGCCUUUCCCAUAAAAAACGGGGUACCGUGCUUGGUUCCAAGAGAUGGGAAGAUACUUGAGGAAGAAGAUGCGUCAAAACAUGAUAGGGAUACCAAUUUAUCAGCCGUGAAUGAAGAGAGUCAUGGAAGAAGUGCCUGAGAUUAAUUAGUACAAGAAGAUAAAGAAAUAAAGAUAAAAGUUUGCAGUGACAACUAUACAGUGUAACUUUAUCAUGUUAUUAAUACGUUCGUUAUCCAUCAUAGGAUUUAGUUUUUACAGAUAUCAAUAAAUGUUAUUAUCCAUUGUCAUAUCUAAAAGAGAUCAGUGAAAAAAGUAAGUGUAAAUCAGAUCAAGAAAGACACACUUUGUGAUGUGUCUGUUCAAAUAUCUAUUUCUUUGCAAUAUGACGUGAAGUAAAUGUUGUAGUGGUUCCUUCUAAA